AAUCCCAAAGCUGCAGCAAAAGAUAAACAAAAUUAGUUUUUCUCUGUUCGCUGAGACAUUCAUGUCAAGCUAGUUUUUAUUUUAUUUUUUCUAAUAAUACAAAAGUUAGAUUGUUGUAAGGCUAAACUGUCUCCUACCAUAACCGCCCCCCCCCUUUUUUUUCAAGAUUGAGUUCAUUAGGCUAGUUAGCUUAGCAUCAAGAACAUGAAGUCCCUGGUUGGUUACGGAGUGUCCUCUGACUCUGACAGCGAGAACGAGACGAGGGAUAGGACCUGCGACAGACUGGGAUCUAUUAAAGAGACUGGGGAGAAAACAACAGCCGGCCAGGAGGGUCGCAACUUUUUACUCGAGUCUGAGUUAACAUCUAGUGAAUCAGAACCGGAAUAUGAGGAUCCAGAACCUUCAUCGCCACCACAUCCUAAAACGGCAGCAUCAGUACCGAGGGAACCCACGCUUCCUGCACCUUCAUUUGGUUCCCAUAAUCCAAACAGGUUACCCCCUCCCCCCCUGAAAUCUUCCUCUGACUGCAGUGUGUUUGCGAAUCCGUUCAAGGCUCAGGUUGAUCAGAAACUCAUCGCUCUGCAGAAACACGUCCCUCUCACAAUGCAACCCAAGCCAUCUCAGAUCGGAGGCAGAAAAAUGUGCGUCUCCUACAGAAAGGAUGGAAGAUGCAGGUUUGGAAUCAAGUGCAAGUUUGCUCACGACAGCGACCUUCAGACUGUCACCGCGAGUUCCUCCCAUGAUCCGCCUGGAAGAGAAGAACCCUCAGGUGCAACUCAGGCUCCAGGUCAAAGAUCCCAGAAUCCUCGGCUGGAGUUCAAAGAGGAAGAGGAGCAGCCAGCGAAAAAGAAGCGAGUUGGACUGAGUAACACUUUAAUUCCUCCUAAAAAGGCAAUGAAACAGUUUUCUCUGCAGAGGAGCAGAGAGCAGAUCAAUACGUCCUGAUAAAUAGUAUUAUUGCUCACGGUGAUCACAAUCUGGAUAGUUUGAGAGUCAAACCAUAUGAGAUGCUACACACUAAUGUUAUAAUACGUAUAAAAGAAAUAUUAUUUUACUCACUUGGUCAAAUUCUGAUCCUGUUGUGGAGGAAGAUACAUUUUGAUUUAAAUCUAGUAAAUCAAUAAAAACAGUUGGUUUAUGUGUUAA